GGAAGGGGGUGUGGCCUGGAUGAGUGUAUGACUGCGUGCUAUAUAUUUUUUUUCUAGCGGCGUGCAACAUGAUACUUGCACGCUGCUCAGUGGAAAGGAUAAACCGGCCUCUGCGGUGCCGUGGCGACCGGUUCUAAGCGCUCGGCACACGGGCUUCGAGGAGGAGAAUGUGCCCGCUAGUUGUGUGACGACUCUUCAUACAAAGGAGGAGCAGGAGGGGGAGUACCGAUCUUUUCUGCGUCAAAUGUCUCGACCCUCCUGUGGAUGGUGUUGAUGCUGCUGCUGUUGCCAUCGGUGCCUCUUAUUUGAUUUUUUUUUCUACUGACAUGAGUUCGCUAUUCUUCCCUGAUGCUGCAAAUCCUCCGGUCGGCCAUGCGUCCCCGGUGGGGACCAGCGCCCUGCGGAACGACUUGGGCUCCAACAUCCACGUCCUCAAGACGCUCAACCUGCGCUUUCGCUGCUUCCUGGCCAAGGUCCACGAACUGGAGCGGCGGAACCGGCUGCUGGAGAGCCAGCUACAGCAAGCCCUGCAGAGGCCGCAUUACCGCGGGGCGUACGGCCGUGAUGUGGCCGUCCAGACGGACGGUGGGGCAGAGUCGAGGCUGCCCGGAACCAUCUGGUCCUUUACCCAUGUGCGCAGGCAAGGUGAGCGCCUGGAGACGCUGCACGGGCCCGGGGUGUCGUGGACGCACCCUGACGGGGUCGGCGUGCAGAUAGACACAAUCACGCCAGAACUGAGGGCGCUCUACAACGUGCUGGCUAAAGUGAAGCGGGAGAGGGACGAGUAUAAGAGGAGAUGGGAGGAUGAGCUGUCCAAACGCCAGCAGCUGGAGUCUGCGGUAGAAUCCCUGCACCAGCGUGCCAAAGAAUCAUCAGAGAUUCAAGUGGACCUGAACGAGAAGGUAGAGAGACUGAAGGCGGAACUGGUGGUCUUCAAGAGCCUUAUGAGCGAUCAAAUGUCUGACCUGGACUCGAAAAUUCAAGAGAAAGCCCGGCGCGUAGACAUGGACAUCUGCAGACGAAUUGACAUCACAGCCAAACUGUGCGACGUGGCGCAGCAGCGCAACUCAGAGGACAUGUCCAAGAUGUUCAGCACCAGGUCGUUGCCAGAGAAGCAGGGUGCCUCAGCGGCCUGCAAACGGAAAGAGCGUAAGGCAGUGUCCGACGAGGACGUAUCCGAGAUGGAUGCGAACCCCAGCCCUCUGGAAGAAGACACGCUCAACAUUACAGACGAGAUGAAGCGCAUGCUAAACCAGCUACACUGUUCAGAUAACCCCUCUGUUGCCAGGCGUGAGACAUUCGACCUGGACGACGACUGCGAUAGUCUAACGUGGGAGGAGAACGAGGAGACGCUGCUGCUGUGGGAGGACUUCGCCAACUAUAACGUGCCAUGCGGCAUUAUGACGACGACGGCGCCGCCCUGCGCCAACACAGUCCCGGGCGACGGGGGCAGCGAUGGCACAGAACCAGACUCCCAAGACAGAAGUCUCGGAAGCCUUAUUGAUGAGACGGAGUCACUGUUUAAGAACAGAGAGAAGGAAUACCAGAAGACUAUCGGUCAGAUUGAGAUGGAGUUGGCCACAGCCAAGAGUGACAUGAACAGACACCUGCACGAGUACAUGGAGAUGUGCAGCAUGAAGCGUGGCUUGGACGUACAGAUGGAAACGUGCCGGCGCAUGAUCAAAGGUGGCAGGAGUUCGCCGUCGUUAAGCUCCGCGGCCAGCAGCGACUCAGGGAACACCGACGAGAUCCAGGAUGAGAUUUCGGACAAGGAUUUGGAUGCCGAAGUCCCUGUUAGUUGAUGACCGCCUGGCGCUGGCUUGUGCAAAUAUCCCAAAAAUUGGGGGAAGAGGUGCUCACAGUGGUCGGCUCAGAAUUUUGGUGCUUUUGUAACAAUUUUGUCUGGUCGGUGGUGAGGGUUGUAACAAAGACAAAGGGGUGCUCUUUUCCCGUAAGAGAUGGUUUUGUGUUCUGUGGUCUAUGGAACGCUUUUCGAGUAACAUCCAUUGAGAGGUUGCUGUUAAAAUGCCGUUUUAGAUUACGCCAGAACAAAAACUGAUGUCUAAUUUUUUGAAAAUCUAACAAGGUUGUACCAUGUCAUACCGUCCAUAUUGGCAUAAUUUUGCACCAUGCAACGAAAGCAGAUAUAAAUGAAGUAAAACCACUCAACCUUUGGGGGGAAAAAAAAAAACAAAAAAACUAAGGGAGUGGAAACAGGAACAUAUAUGAUUUUUUUUUCUAUGGAGUUACUGCUUUAGAUGGGGCAGCACUUCUCAUUAGUCAAGAGAUCCUUGGUCCCAAUCUCAGCUCAGAUCCUCCUGGAAAGGCGUGUACAAUAGUUGUAUUUGCGUGUGACUCCUCCUAUAAGCAGCCUUUUGCGCAAAGUUAGCUAGGAUAGGCUCGAGCUCACUUGCAUUCCUGGUGAGUAAAAGUGCGAGGAGGAAAUGGACAAAAUGAUAGCAAAUGGACAAUCUAUUAAAUUCAAGAUACUUGGAAAAGGCCGACUGAUGGAUGAAAAAAAGGAAAAGUGUAAUGGUAAUGUGAGUUUUGCACCAAAACCAGCGUGACUUAAGGCUUAAGGGCUUAAGCGUGACGAGUAAGGUUUAGCCAGGUACUCCGAACUCACCGCUGUUCCAGCUAUUGAGUCUGGCCACCAUUAAGUGGAUAAAAUUUCCAGGGCGGAGCAAGCCACAGCAAACAGACAGCGGAGUGGACCAAUCAGCGACGGGCGGGAUGAGGGACUUGCGCGUGGAAGUAAACAUACGAGGAGAGUGGAGUUUAUUCAACAUGGCUAGUGCAAGACAGACUGUUGUCAAUGACUUGUGUCGAUGUGUUUUUGGUAAUUUAAAACUGAUUUUACCGUGGAUUGGAACAUAUUCUCGGCUCUCCUGUUCGCCAUCUGUGUUGUUGUGGAGACGACUUCCGACGCGGAAGAGUGAGGUUGCUCGUUAAGAACACGUCACGCAAAUAAAUCUGAUUUGUCGAUUGAUUUUGUACUUGCUCGAGAGGCCGUUACUGGGCUUCCUCCCAGACUAUACUCUCAGUGUUUGAAAAACACAGGGAGAACAGUCUGGCCGUGCCAGGCAAAGUAAGGUUUGUUUUGACUAUACUUAAUAGUCGGCUAAACUAAUUUGGCACUGUUGGUAACAAUUAAACAUAUGGCACGGACUUUAAAUUUCUUAAAAGUAUGUUAUAAAUAUGUAGAGGUGGAGACUUAAGUAAUUGUGACUUGGACUUGAUUUUUCUCAAGUCAUGAUUGAUUCAGGCUUGAUUCGUUUUUCGGAGGUACCAGACGCAGAUAAGACUUAUGGUGUUAAGUACAUGCUUGUGUACCGCUAACAUUUUGCAUUAGUUUUAUUUAUAAACAAUUGAGUGUUUGGACAAGCAGCUAUUUUUUGAAAUAUCAAAUAGCAGAUGGACCUUUCAGAAUUAAAACUACGUUUAUCAGAUGAACCAUUGUCAUGCCUGUAAUAUAUUGGCACGAGAGCUCACCAAGCCUUGACCUCCACAAAGAUGCGUGCAAUCAUGAGAAAAUGUAUUUAAAGCGGAUUACAUAUUUUGUUUCUCUUAAAAUCUCAAGCGAAGAAUAGCAAAAUGGGCUCAAAACAACUCUCAAAUUAACAGAGUAAAGAUUAACAUUAUGGUUUAGGGAAGGCUACAAAACACAGUUGCAUACAUUUCAGCUGUCAGUUUCCACUGUGAGAAACAAUAAGAAAUCCUAUUAAGGCCAAAAGUAGCUGGUCAAGAAAAAUAUCAGAUGCAGAGCAAAGCAUGGUAUGAAUGGUCAAGGACACCCACGUAUCACAACCAAAGAAUUGCAACAUUAUUUUGUUGCAGAUGGUGUCACUGUGCAGUGUUCACCAAAUCAGCAGACUAUACAAAGGUGAAGCGUUACGGGAGAGGGAUGCAUAAGAAGCCUUUUCUGCACACAUGCCAAAAACAGACCCGCUUGAGGUAUAGAAAAGCUCAAGCAGGGCUAGAUACUGUGUUUCAUCAAUACGAAACAAUAUUGCUCAAAAUCUAUUCUGGUAUUCAUGCAAAGGAGCAAGUACAAUGUUCUGGGAGGGCUAUCCCAGUACCAAUGCCAGGAUGUCAUUGAAAAUCCGGAGUGGACUUCCCAUGCUCGAAAACCAAGAAACUUAACAGAUCUGGAGAUGUUUUGUGAGAAGAAAUGGGCCAAAAUAGUUUUUUU